GGGUCGGGCCAGUCAGUGCCUGUGCGAGCUGACUCGUGGGAUUGAUGCCUUAGAUGAGUAGAAGGUCCUGACUGAUGGCAGCAGCAGAGACAUGGAAGUUGCUAUGCGCAAACAACAAACAUUGGACAGGAUAGGUGAGACCAUUCCACAUAUUAAGUGGACGGAUCUUACUGCCACCAAAGAUUGCCAAAUGUCUGUGGGUCAAGAGGAUGAGUUAUCAGAUGAGGGACUCUCAUUGAAGCCUGAAUCUAAGGACAAAAUGACCCCAGAUGCAUUUCUGGUUCCACCACAAGAAGUUAUUAAGGAUUACAGCAAGCAGAACUCACCAAAAAAUGAAUCAGACUCAGACCAGAUGAAUCUUCAUGAAAGCCAGACUGUGGAAUAUAAAUUAGUCACUUUUGAUGAGAACACAAGGAGUCUACCAACAAACAUGCAGCUGAUACCCAAGAUGGAGUCUGAUAAUGCUAGAACAGAUGCUUGUGAGGUAACAACCAAAGCUACAAACAUUGCUAACAUCUCAACCAAUGAUUUACUAGAGAUUAAGGUUCAGCGACAAUCUAUUUUAAAUGAAGGUUUCCAUAAUGACAAACUACCAUCACCUAGUGGAAGCAAUCACACUAGUAAGGAGUUGUGUGUUGAGAAUAAAACACUGGUUGCUGAUGUGGCUCAUGCAAGAGGGAGUAAACUUGAGAUGGACGUAAAUGCAAACAAAGAAAGAGUAGAAUGCAGUAAAGACUAUUUUGAAGAUUAUAAAACAAACAUUUUAUGUAACUUAAGAGAGGAGAGAUUUGAUGUCGGAAGGAACAUGGCAGUGACAAGUUCUUUGGGACAAUAUGAAGAAGACAUGGUAUUAGAUUUAAGCCUACCAAAAAAGAAAGACAGAAAUACAGAGAGGAAGUGUGAAUGGGUUGUAGACCCUGAAUAUGAAGGAUCACUUCAUAUGGAAGUUGAUGAAAUUGAGGAUGAGCCUCAACAUGAUGAAGUGGAGCAGGAGGAUGAUAAUGAAAUUUGCUGGAUUCCAUCAGUAAGCGAUGCUCAUACAUAUCUGCCACAGCAUUGGGAUGGACAUCUGUCCUCCUCUUCACCUGAAGCUAUGCCAACUGCAUCGUACCCCGACGUUACGACCCCAGAUCCGAUGGAUACACUACUUAUAGAUGACCAGGGCAUUCCUUACACACUCACCGCAGAUGGACAGAAAGUCCCACAAAUUGAUGAGGAGCUCUCUGAAGAAACAGCUCUAAGCCCAAGGCAAGCUGAAGAUAAGCCCUCUUCCGUUGCAGAAGUACAGGAUGUUGCAGAGUCCGGACUACCUAAUUCACUGUGUCCAAAUAUGUCUAUCGGUCAUGCCUCAGUGGACACCUCACAAGUUGCCCCAAAUGUGGAGCCAAAAUCUUUAUGUGGUUCUGAAGCUCCUGCUAAACCCUCCAUCAUACCUGCCAUGUCUGACUUGGCAUCAGUUCCCAUUCAGAUUGUGGCGAAUACUACAGGGUCAAACACUCCCAUUCUUCUUCUUCCUCCAUCUCAGCUUCAGUCUCUUUCCUCACCAGCCUCUAAAGCUAACCCAGGGCUAAUUACCCUUUCCUUACCGGUUCCUCUUAGUCAGAACACAACUCAGUCCUCCCCCAUGUUCCUAGUUUUGUCAUCUCCUCAGGUGUCCUCAACUCAGAGUUCGUCCUCGCCUGGGCAGUUAUCUCAAAUUUCCUCCUCUUCCACUGUUGCACUACCCUUAGCUACUUGUCCACUUGAUUUGGGAUCUACAUUAAGUUCACGUCCGUCACUUCUCAGCCUCAGCACGGUUUCCUCUGCCACAGCCACAGACAUCUCAGGACUGAAUAACCCUUCUAAUCUUCCUGCUAGCCCUACCUCAUCAACUGCUUCCUCUAGCACUUCCACAGUGACCUCUACAAGUCCAACCAAGCAAUUCAGCACUGAUGCCUAUUCCGACACAAUGGUGCCCACUUCCUUUCGGGAGGCCCUUCUCAGAUUGGCUGUGUCUGUGGAGAAGAAACAAGAAAACCAGCCUGAGACACAUUUGGUCACUACUCCUUCAUCGUGUUCUGAAGCCACCAAGCCGGAUUCCUCUGCCACAGUCUGUGAAAGUAAAAAUAACGAGACGGAGGUAAACUGUGAUGGUGAGACUGAGUCUACCUCGGUAGACCAAAUAGACUCAUUGGAUACCACUUCCUCCACCUCACCCAAUCGUCCCGUAUCACCCGGAAUUUCAAUCAAUGACCCAAAGAACCAAGCAUUAGGUCCUCGACGCAUUCUUUACUGUCAGUAUUGUCCACGGGUCUUCUAUUAUCUUUCGGACCUUGAACGCCAUUCCAUCACGCACUCCCAAAGCAAACCCCACGUAUGUCACCUCUGUGGCAAGGCGUUUAAAAGAUCAAGCCAUCUUGAGCGACACAAACACAUCCAUACAGGUCAGAGAAACUUUGUGUGCCAGCUUUGCCCAAGGCGUUUCCGUGAAUCAGGCGAACUAAUGAGGCACCAGAGAGUACACACCGGUGAGAAACCCUUUCAGUGCUUAAUCUGUCACAUGCGCUUCGCAGAGCGCAAUACACUGCGACGUCACACGAAGCGCAAGCACCAAGGCCAGCAGCUGGAGGCGAUGGACAUGAAGGCAAAGCCAGAAAGUGGAGGGAUUUCCCUUGCCAGUAUACAAGGAGAGUCAGAAGAGAAUGCGGAGUGGUACAGUUCAACAAUUCCUGAAAUGGAGUCUGACAGUGACACAGGGGGAGAAUGAACUGUGUGAGGUCAUGAACGAAUAGAUUUUCUUUCUUUUUUUUUUAAGUUUUAAGAAGCUAAGCAAAGCUGUAAAUACAUUUAAUUUAAUUUAUUUUGUAUUGAUAUAAUUCCUUCUCACUAUUUUGAUAUUAUAUUGUCUAUAUUUCAUUCCAUUAACUCUCGAGACCUUUACUGGUGAUGACUGAACCCGGCAAUAUUCGCUUCAGAUUCAUUCUAAUAAGCUACAGGUAUUGAGUUAGACCUCUUGAUGAAAUACAUUUGUUUAAAAUCUUCACCUUAAAAGUUUUUGAAUUGCCCUUAUUUGCUAGUUAUUUAUUGUUCUCAUUUCAGUUUUUGCAUACAGCAUCUUUCCUCAAGGGUGUGAUGUAGUUACUGUAAAAGACUAAGAGGCCCAUUGUUGUUAUUUAUAAUUUUCUGUUAUGAUCUCUUGAAGUCAAGGAAUGACCUAGAUUUGUGCAUCAGUAUAUCUCUAUAAUUCUAGGCCUACUAAUGACUGGGCCCACACAAAUUUUGCUGCCACAGAAUUGAAACAUACAUCAUUCUCAAAGUUCUACACCAGUGGUUCUCAACUCCAGUCCUCGGGGCCCACUGCUCUGCACAUUUUGUAUGUCUCCUUCAUUUAACGCACCUGAUUCAGAUCAUCACCUCAUUAGGAGAAAGAUCCAUGAACUGAGUGUGUCAGAUUCAGAAACAUACAAUAUGUGCAGAGCAGUGGCCCUCGAGGACUGGAGUUGAAAACCACAGUUCUACACAUCUUCCACUCCUUUCUUUGUGAUACUCCACCUGACCUGCAGAGGGCAGUAUAGAGUUGUGUCCUCUUUAAACUCUUUCAAACUUGCAUUGUACAAAUCUCCUGACCUGGCAUAUUCAUUGUUAUCUUUUACACCUUUGUUUUCUGAUGUUUUUAUUGACAUUCUUCAUCACCUGAUUAUAGAGUUUAGAAGUAAACACAUUGUAUCCAUCUGCUUUGUAGAACUCUCCAGAUUCCAUCCAAAAUGCAGAAAAAAACCCAACUGCAUCGGGGCUUCUCAUGACUCAGCUUUCAUAUUUCAGAACAUUUUGAGAUAUUAUGCAUCACAGAACAUCUUGCUCUGUGUUCAUUUUGGUUCCUCCCUCUUGGCUAUUUUUUUUUUUUUUUACAAAAGGGAGUAGUAUAGUCACCUUAUUUUUUGAACACUCUACUUUGUUCUUUUUCUUAAUAUUGAACUUGAUCUAUUUGGUUUAUAAACCUUUUGCCUUCUUCAAGGUCCUAUUUCAUUUGAUCAUUCAAAGAAGGUUUUACUUCUCUUGAUCGCUUGUCAGAGCUGUUACAAAUCAUUACAGAAAGUCUGAAUUAGAAAUUCAAGUUAAUUUGCGCAUAUGUACUUUGUGAUAUAAAUGAAUUAUUUAAAAUAAGUUUUCACUGUCAUAGGUACAGCGAUACAUUGUUUGGUGCUCUUGCACAAUUCAAAUGAAUCUUGAUGAGCUAACAUUUCAAGGUUUGAAUGUUCCAGUUCUCCUUUUGAUAACUUAUGCAGCUUGAAAAAAAUCCUUGCUUGAAAAAAGGUUUAAAGGUUUAGACCCUGCUGAUUAAUUCUGUUUAUGUAAUUUGUCAUGUAAAUAAGCAAACAUCAUGCACGGACCGGACACCUUGGGCUAAUCUAAAGUUCUGUUGGUUAAAUUUCAGAUUUGAUUAAGAAUCUGAAUAUUUGCACACACUAAUUAAAGCUUGUCAAGCCCUUCUGUUUUCCAGUGGUUCUCACGCAUAAUUAACUUUGCUUUAGGCUCACGGCAGCACAUAUUCUGCAUGCGGUGGGAGUGUGUCCAGCUGCUGAACGAUAUCACUAAAUUUGGUUUGCACAGUUGUUUACUUAUUACUUCAUUCAUACACAGAUUGGUUUAGUGUAUUUAUUAAGCUCAUUUCACAGUAGAUUUACCACGUUUUAAAAAUAUUUGGUUCCUUCUUACAGUUUAAUGAUGAAUGCUCAGAGUGUGUUUUAACUAACUAAAAACAAUCUUGCACCAAUGAGAACUAUUUAUUUAUGGUGGAAAUGUAUAUAUUUGAAAUGGCGUGUUAUGUCACAGAACACUUAUAUAUUUAAUACACAAUUUAAAAACAAGACUGCAGAUAUUUAAACAGCCUAAUUUCUGUAACCUGUGUCACAGGAUUUUGAAUAAAAUGAAUCAAAUUCAAAUGCUUCGA